AUUUAUUAUUAUUUUCCAACAUGUACGUCGUCUGCAUACGUCGUCUGCAUUUUUUUCUAUUUUGGACUCACCGACACAUAAGAAGAGAAAGAUGAUCAUCAACCAGUUACGAGUAACGGGUACAUCGACCGCGUUCUACGAGGAAGGCGAGGCCCAGCUAAAAGUUACGUGGGUUUACGAAAGAAAUCGAAGAGCACGAACAGUGAACGAUCUCAUUUGUUUGAAAAAUCUCAGCCGCUUCAAGAGCUGCAGCGAGUGCGCGCGGAAACUUUAAUCUUGUUCGUUUUUUUUUUAAGGAGAAAAUGUCACUAUUAAUUCUUUUCGGCGUUUUAUUACAUUGUUGUGCAUUUGGUCUAUCAGAUAAACACGAGAAACUGGCAGGCAAUCAUAUGACAGGGGCAACAAAUGUGAUAAACAUGCCAUUAACACCUUCACCAGAGAAUGUACGGCAAUUUCAAGGAAAUUAUCCUUUUCCUUCGCUCGGAUACAAACCACAAAGAUGUCCUCUAUGCGAUAGUUCGAUUUAUCCUUAUUGCGGCGAGAAAUUGUUCCACGACGCCUGCUGCUGUACCGAUCCUUACGAUUUACCUUAUCAAUGUAAAUCAGCAGACUGUCGAUUCCUACAUGCCAACAGCUGCAGGGAGCACCGCUUGAUUGCCAACUGCUGUUGCAACGACGAUUAUCGCACCCUUCUGAAGACCUUAGCGCAGAAAUAAAGCUAUCGCACAUCGUGUAUAUUUAUCAUUUGCAACAAAAUAAAAAACUUGAACUUAGUUGGAUU